AUGACCAUUUCAAAUUUUGAGGAUUUGAGAAUGCUCGGGUUUGAGACUUUCUCAAUCUUUUUUGAGAAAGUUAAAAUGUUAACAAAUGAAGCCUUGGGGAUUGGGAAGCCUAUUGAUGAAACAAUAGUUGUUCAAAAGAUUUUAAGAUGCUUGCCCAAGAGAUUUCAAGUAAAGAAGGCUGUCAUUCAAGAGUUUCAAGACCUAAAUGAGAUCAAGCUUGGAAAAUUGGUUAGGAAACUCAUUACCUGUGAGGUGGAGCUUGACAUGGAUGAAAGUGACUCCAAGAAGAGAAAAGAAGUAGCCCUUCAAAGUGUUGAGAACUGUGAAGGUGUUAGUGAUGUGUGUAGACAUGCCUCAGAAGAUGAUUUUGCCCUAUUCAUAAAACAAUUCAGAAGAAUUCUCAAAAAUAAAGGAAAGGAUUCUAAAUGGUUUAGUGAGUCAUCAAACAAUCGGGAAAAACAAUCUACUGGAGUGAAGCAUAAAAGUUAUCUUGAGGCCCGUGUUGAAGAGCUAAAUGAGAAAGCUCCUAAUUGCAAUGACAAAGUUGAAGAUAAUGAUGUCAUCACUACUCUUGAAGCUCAAGUUCAAAACUUGCUAGAAUCUCAAGAAAACUUGACGAAUCAAAUUCAUGUGUUAAAGGCAAAUAAAGUGAUGUAUCAUGAGGCUAACAAGAAACAGCUACUUGGCCUAAAUGAGGCAAAUGAUAAAGUUAUUUGCCUUACUAUUAAGGUUGAAAAAACUGACAAGAUGCUGAGUAUUGGGAAACUACAUGGUGACAAAAGUGGUCUUGGUUUUGUAGAAAGUGGCUCAAGUUCUAUCCCCACCAAAACAAAAUUUGUGAGAGAAUCUAGGCUUGUGGAUCGUCUCGUCAUCAAAGUCAACAGAAUUGCUCAGCUUGUUCAUUCUUCUUCAUCUGGAAAUAUUAAGCAAAGUUCAAAGUGGGUUCAGAAGGACUCAAACAAGUUCCUUGUUGUUCUAAAUGCUUUAUCUGCUACCAAACCAAAUAUGUGGUAUCUUGAUAAUAGGUGCUCUCGUCACAUGACUAAAGGCAAUGAGGCUUUAUCAUCUCUUGAUCUUUUUAUUGGCAGUGGUGAAGACAAGUCUCAGAUCAUAGGGAAAGGUGAUGUCAAGAUCCUUGGAUUACCUAAGCUUGAAAAUGUUAGCUAUGUUGAUGGGUUGAAGUCAAAUCUCAUUAGCAUUAGCUAG